AUGCGAAGAGUUGGAUCCGGGCGAGCUCUACAAGGCCAAACGGUCUGCUUGCAAACCCGGAGCGCCGUGCCUUCAAGCAGCUUAAACACUGUUAAGCGCUACCUGUUGAGUAUCCUUGGUAAUCAUUCCCUGUUGAUCGCUUCGCAUAUGCGAAGAGUUGGAUCCGGGGCAGGCUCUACAAGGUGUACAAUAUGGCAGCUAGCGUCAUUGGAGACAAGGGGUUCUGCGUCCUCUGCUAAAAUCCUCUCGGGGUGGGCUGCAGAGCACUUAAAGUAUUACAGGCAGGUUACCACUACCUGCCCUGGCUCGGUUUGUCUAGUUGGAUCCGGGGCAGGCUCUACAAGGUGUACAAUAUGGCAACUAGCGUCAUUGGAGACAAGGGGUUCUGCGUCCUCUGCUAAAAUCCUCUCGGGGUGGGCUGCAGAGCACUUAAAGUAUUACAGGCAGGUUACCACUACCUGCCCUGGCCCGAGUUGGAUCCGGGGUAGGCUCUACAAGGUGUACAAUAUGGCAGCUAGCGUCAUUGGAGACAAGGGGUUCUGCGUCCUCUGCUAA